AAUGGCAGAAUUCACUGACAUUCGGAAGCUUUUCAAACGUUCCUUACAGUCGCCCCUGCGCUUGUGCACUGAGUCAAGUAAAGUUGUACUCCACAAAUGUUCAGAAAGAAGGACAGGGGUCACAGACUCUGGGAGUGGAGAAAGUACCAUCAUUUGAUGAAGCAGCAGAAAAUAUCGGUGCAGAACUCAAAGCUCCACUUAAGCAAGAUCCUCUCCAAGUAAGAGUCAAAGCCGUCCUUAAGAAACGAGACUAUGGGUCAAAGUACACUCAGAACAAUUUCAUCACUGGAGUCAGAGCGAUAAAUGAGUUCUGUCUUAAAUCCAGUGAUUUAGAACAGCUUCGAAAAAUCAGACGACGGAGUCCUCACGAAGACACCGAGUCCUUCACUGUCUACCUGCGGUCCGACGUGGAGGCAAAAUCCUUAGAAGUUUGGGGGAGUCCUGAAGCUCUUGCCAGAGAGAAAAAACUGCGUAAGGAAGCAGAAAUAGAAUAUAGAGAACGGCUAUUUAGGAACCAAAAAAUACUAAGAGAGUAUAGAGACUUCUUGGGGAACACCAAGCCACGCUCCAGGACAGCAUCCGUGUUCUUUAAGGGACCAGGAAAAGUGGUGAUGGUUGCCAUUUGCAUCAAUGGAUUAAACUGCUUCUUUAAGUUUCUUGCCUGGAUUUAUACGGGCUCAGCAAGUAUGUUCUCAGAAGCCAUACAUUCGUUAUCUGACACGUGUAAUCAGGGUUUACUAGCAUUGGGCAUCAGUAAGUCUGUUCAAACACCAGAUCCUUCUCAUCCGUAUGGGUUUUCAAAUAUGCGCUAUAUUUCUUCGCUGAUUAGUGGUGUUGGUAUUUUCAUGAUGGGUGCAGGACUGUCAUGGUACCAUGGAAUCAUGGGAUUGCUUCAUCCUCAGCCAAUGGAAUCCCUUCUAUGGGCAUACUGUAUUUUAGCAGGAUCAUUAGUAUCUGAAGGAGCAACACUUCUUGUUGCUGUAAAUGAACUUCGUAGGAGUGCUCGGGCCAAAGGAAUGUCAUUUUAUAAAUAUGUGAUGGAAAGUCGUGACCCCAGUACAAAUGUGGUCUUGUUGGAGGACACCGCAGCGGUCUUGGGGGUCAUAAUAGCUGCCACCUGCAUGGGCCUUACUUCUAUAACAGGCAAUCCGCUCUACGACAGCCUGGGAUCUCUGGGCGUGGGCACCUUACUCGGUGUGGUGUCGCUCAUCUACACCAACACGGAAGCACUCUUAGGGAGAUCCAUCCAGCCGGAUCAAGUACAGCGGCUUACCGAACUCCUGGAGAACGACCCAUCAGUAAGGGCAAUUCAUGACGUUAAAGCCACAGAUCUGGGAUUAGGUAAAGUAAGAUUUAAGGCAGAAGUGGAUUUUGAUGGACGAGUUGUUACAAGAUCUUAUUUGGAAAAACAAGAUUUUGACCAAAUGCUACAAGAAAUUCAAGAAGUGAAAACUCCUGAAGAACUAGAAACCUUUAUGCUUAAACACGGAGAAAAUAUUAUUGAUACUUUAGGAGCCGAAGUAGAUAGACUUGAGAAGGAGCUGAAAAAACGAAACCCUGAAGUUCGGCACGUGGAUUUGGAGAUACUGUAAAUCUGAUGGAGUGGGUCACUUCCUGGCGCUCUUGGGAAUGUGUUCGUUCAGCCAUUCUGCGGAACCCUUUUUCUAUUCUCCCUCACUGAAGGAGUCGGUGCCAUUUGGAAGCUUUUUUUUUUUUUUCUUUUUCUUUUUUUUUAAACAAGGAGGAGAUACUUUGUGUAAAGAGCAAUUCAACAGGUUACAGAACUAAGACGACUUCUUAUUUCCUAAGAGACACAUUAUGAGUUGAAAUCAAUUUGAAAAUCAUGUUCUUAUGCUUCCACAGGGAACAUUUGGGUGACUUCACUUGUUCCUAAUUUCUCAUCUUAGCCUGUCUCUGUGUUUCGUCCUUUGCAAUCAUGCUCCCUUUGUUUACCCCGUAAAAGUAAGUGGACGUGGUUGCCACUGGAGACUCCACUCCAUCACAAUCUGCCAAGUUCGAAUAUUCUGGCUAGAUCUUAGUGUGUGGUUUUUAAAAAGUCACUCUGUUUCAAAAUCUGUCUUUCCCUGUAGGAGGUGGAGAUCAUUUCUAAACCUUGUGAGCUGGGAGCUACGAGGAGCACUGUCCGAACCCAGUUACCCACAAAAUCCAUUCCGGAAAUGGCUCAGUUACUGAAUUGAAGGAGCUUACUUGAGUACGUUCUUUUAGAUCAUAGCCAUUUUGCAUUUCUCAUUUCCCUUUCGCUUUUUUCCUUUAUUUUGGUUUGAUUUUUCAAACGUUAGGCUAUAUAAAAUAACCCUAGAUGUUUCCAUAGGCCAGUAUGAUGACAUUUUUUUUGUUUGUUUCCUUCCUUAAAGCUGGCUUUAGUGCCAUGUUUAUUUGCUAGUUGGUAAUGUGUUUAUAGGCAUUUUAACAUUCUGUAAUGUUAAAUACUAGACUAGGAAUAUUUAUAAUUUUACAGAUGGGGCAGUGUUUUAUUUUUAAUUUAUUUAAAAAGAGGCACUACUUAUGUAAAUCUAAAAUGUGGGCCAUUUCUUGCUUUAAAAAGAGAGAAGUACAUCCGUGCUAAAACUUGUGGUCAUGAUUUUGUAUAACAUAGUCAAUAGUGUGUCUGAGUUUCUUCCAGUUACAGAUGGGCAUUUAGCAUAGUAAAUUGACCAUACCAUAUUAUGUAAGUAAAUAGCUUCCUAAAGACCAGAUGGUAUCAAAGUGAAAAAAACCCUGCAAUUCAGUAAUACAAAGUUUAGAGAAAAACUACAUCCCUCCAUCAAAACAGCUCUGCCCUUUACGGUGUUCAGGUAGCAGUGAGCGUUGUUGACGUGAGAGUAGUGGCUGGAGAUUUCUUUGCUGGAUAACUGGGUGAGUGACAUCUGGACCUGUCUGUCUGUGGUCACUAUCUUAACACUUAGUGGGAUGGAAAUUGAUGAAUUCUUGCAAAUUGUUAUACUGGAAGCAAAAAUAAAUCUUUGAUUAAAGAGUU